AUGGCGGCCUCUGCUUUGUGUCUGAGAUCACUCUGUACUUCUCUUCCCACAACCCCAGCUGAUCAACAACAUACACCGCAUAAAGCCGAUCGAGCAUUUUGCUUUGCUAGUGGAAUGGCUGCCUUAUCGACCGUUGCUCAUCUUGUCGGAACUGGAGAGGAGAUUGUUGCCGGUGAUGACAUGUACGGUGGUUCCGAUCGUUUGUUGUCGCAUGUAAUUCCUAAAUCAGGGGUCGUCGUUAAGAGAGUGGAUAUGAAAAACCUGGAAAAGGUUGCGUCUGCAAUCGGCCCGUCGACGAAGCUCGUGUGGUUAGAGAGUCCAACAAACCCACAGCAACACAUUUGCGAUAUUCGAGUAUGUUUUCGAUAAUAAUAUUAAAAUCGAAAAUAUUACGUUAUUUCGAUUUUUUUAUUAAUUAUUUUUAAAUGAAUUGUGAUGUAGAAAAUAGCUGAGAUAGCUCAUAAUCAUGGAGCUCUUUUGUUGGUGGAUAAUAGUAUCAUGUCUCCAAUAUUGUCUCAACCGUUGGAUCUUGGUGCCGGUAAUAA